UCCUCCCAGGGACUGGAGCAGCUCCUCGGAAAUUUGCCAUUUCCAGGGUACUUUUUAGAUGACCUUGGCCUCGGGAUUGUGUGGGGCCACAGCUACUGAAAUUCAAGUCAGCCCAAGUAAACACUCAGUUCCUCGGCCCCAGCAGCCCCGUUUCCAGUGUUUGCUGCCUGAGUGACCGGUGCCAGCCGACAUGGUUCCCUCCCUGCUGAGUGUCCUGGGAUCUCACUUCUUUGCUUCGGGUCCCCGGAGGUCUCCACACUAGCAGAAAGAGUCCCCCCAAGACCUGUUGGCAUGUCGUGACCCUGAGAAGGAUCAUGGAGAAGGUUGUGAGAUUUUUUUCCCUGCAAAGGGAGCAGAACACCUACUCAUUACGGGGUCGAACACAGAGCCCCUGUGCCUAUGGAGGUGAUGAAUCUGGGUAAGGGGCUGGUGUGGACCUGCUGUGGGGGAGAUCCAGGCCCUGGGACAGCUGGGGCGGGUUGGGGAGCCAGAGGGGGUUGGCCAGCCCAGCCCAGGCCCCUCCUCUGACCUGGGCUGGGGAGGUCUGAGAGGCUGCUUUGACCCCUGGGCCCUUCCAUCCCCAGCCCAGUGCCUAGGGGGAGGAGGGGCUCCAAUCACAGCCUCCCCUCCCCUCCCCACCCCCGCCAGAGCCAGCCCUUCUCUGGCCCUUUUCCGCCCCUCCUGACCCUCGUGGCCAGUGUCUUCUGUGCUCCUGGGCCUCAGCCCCUCCCCAGCCCUCCUCCCCUAUCCCCCCCCCCCCCCCGCCCUGUGCUGACCACAGAGGGGCCAGGCAGGGGAGGGGCCGGCGCCACAUGCACAGACUCAGAGCUGCGAGAGGCCUGGAACCUACCCAGCCCCUCGCACUGCUGUGGGCUCGGACCUUGGGGGCCAGGGAAGAGCCCCAGGGAUCAGUCGGGGGCCUGAGGGCAGGGACAGCGACCGCGGGCCUGGAAAAGUAGAUGCUUUAAGGGGCAGGCUAGGCAGGGCCUGAGGAAGGACUGGUGGUCACAUCCCCCACCCCCUGGCCCGGCGGUCCCCAUGCUGGCCCUGAGGCCACUCCUGCUGCUGCUCCUCGUGGUUGGGCUGACCUUGGGGGCCAGCCUGCCGCCAGGACCCAGAAGCCACUCCGGCGUGUGCCCCAACCAGCUCAGCCCCAACCUUUGGGUGGAUGCCCAGAGCACCUGUGAGCGUGAGUGCGUCAGGGACCAGGACUGUGAGGCCGCCGAGAAGUGCUGUACCAACGUGUGCGGGCUACAGAGCUGUGUGGCGGCGCGCUUCCCUGGCGGCCCAGCGGUGCCCACGCUGCUGGCCUCGUGUGAGGGCUUCACGUGCCCUCAGCAGGGCUCCGACUGCGACAUAUGGGACGGGCAGCCCGUGUGCCGCUGCCGGGACCGCUGCGAGAAGGAGCCCAGCUUCACCUGUGCCUCGGACGGCCUCACCUACUACAACCGCUGCUACAUGGACGCGGAGGCCUGUCUCCGCGGCCUCCGCCUGCACGUGGUGCCCUGCAAGCACGUCCUCAGCUGGGCGCCCAGCAGCCCAGGGCCACCGGAGCCCACGGCCCGCCCCACGCCUGGGGAUGCCCCCACGCCGCCUGCCCUCUACAGCAGCCCCGCCCCACAGGCGGUGUUCGUAGGGGGCACCGCCAGCCUCCACUGUGACGUCAGCGGCCGCCCGCCACCUGCCGUGACCUGGGAGAAGCAGAGCGACCAGCGGGAGGCGCUGAUCAUGCGGCCAGACCAGAUGUAUGGCAACGUGGUGGUCACCAGCAUCGGGCAGCUGGUGCUUUACAAUGCCCGGCCCGAGGACGCCGGUCUCUACACCUGCACGGCACGCAACGCCGCCGGCCUGCUGCGGGCCGACUUCCCGCUCUCCGUGGUCCGGCGGGAGCCGGUUGGGGCCGGGGCACCCACGGCCUCUGGCCCGGCCGAGUGCCUGCCUGACCUGCGGGCCUGCAGCAGCACAGCCCCCGGCCUGGUCCUCUGGCACUUUGACCCACAGCGGGGAGGCUGCAUGACCUUCCCCGCCUGCAGCUGUGAGGGAGGCGGCCGCGGCUUCGAGACCUACGAGGCGUGCCAGCAGGCCUGCGCCCAGGGCCCCAGCGACGCCUGUGCGCUGCCGGCCGUGCAGGGCCGCUGCCAGGGCUGGGAGCCGCGCUGGGCCUACAGCCCGCUGCUGCAGCAGUGUCACCCCUUCGUGUACGGUGGCUGCGAGGGCAACGGCAACAACUUUGAGAGCCGCGCGAGCUGUGAGGACGCCUGCCCUGUGCCGCGCACGCCGCCCUGCCGGGCCUGCCGCCUUCGCAGCAAGCUGGCGCUGAGCCUGUGUCGCAGCGACUUCGCCAUCGUGGGGCGGCUCACCGAGGUGCUGGAGGAGCCCGAGCCGGGGGGCGGUGGCAUUGCCCGCGUGGCCCUGGACGAGGUGCUCAAGGACGACAAGAUGGGCCUUAGGUUCUUGGGCACCAAGUACCUGGAGGUGACGCUGAGCGGCAUGGACUGGACCUGCCCCUGCCCCAACGUGACAGCCGGUGACGGCCCGCUGGUUAUCAUGGGGGAGGUGCGAGACGGCGUGGCUGUGCUGGAUGCUGGCAGCUAUGUCCGCGCUGCGAGUGAGAAGCGUGUCAAGAAGAUCUGGGAGCUGCUCGAGAAGAAGGCCUGCGAGCUGCUGAACCGCUUCCAGGACUAACCCCGCCCGCCCUGCCUUCCUGUACCGCUGAAUAAAAGUCAGGGCUU